AUGAACGAGCAUGACAAAAUCCCAAAACCAAACCACCGAAAGCCCAAUCGGCAGGAUAAUCGGGAUACCGGCAAAUUCUGUCGGUACCACCAGCAAAACAGCCAGAACACCAAAGACUGCAUUAGCCUAAGGAAGAUCAUGGAACGGCUGAUUCGGGAGGGAAAGCUGGACCAAUACAUCGCUAGGCCGCAGCAGGCACCCGCCCCAAACGCCAAUCGGCAGAUCAACAUGAUCAGCAUGAUCAGCGGAGGCCCCACUCUGGCGGGACCUUCUAACCGGUCAAUGAAGCAAUAUGUGCGUGCCGCUCACUACCCCCAAGUCUUCGGCAUAGAAGACGAUCGGUGCCGCACGGUCCCGAAGGUGGGAUGGGAGCCCAUCACAUUUUGCGAAGAAGAGGAAGAAGGGAUCAUUUACCCCCACGAUGACCCAAUGAUCAUUCGGGCUGAAAUUGCCGACUACGAUGUAGGUCGGGUGCUGAUCGACACCGGGAGUUCAGUAAAUGUGAUUUUUGCUGAUGCCUUCAAAGGGCUGGGAAUUGCCGACAGUAUGGUCAAUGGGCAGAUAACGCCUCUCCUCAGUUUUUCUGGGGAUCUGAUCCAGCCAGUCGGCAGUAUCAGUCUGCCCAUUGCUUCGGCAUCGCUCCCCGAAAAACGAUGA